AUGCCACAAUCUAGAUAUACAAGGGAGUUCUUCGCUGUCUUCACAACGAUUUUCUUUGCUUGGCUUGUUGGUCCCUGUGAGGUGAAAGAGUCAGAGUUCGACGGAAGAAAAGAGAAAAAUGUCGUUCAUAUAAAGAAAUGCAGGUUUUUGGAGGAGACCAAUUGUGUAGGAAUGUGCACUAACCUAUGCAAGAUGCCAUCUCAAGCAUUCAUUCAGGAGUCCCUGGGUAUGCCCACGACCAUGGUGCCCAAUUUUGAAGAUAUGAGCUGUGAGAUGAUAUUUGGCCAGCAACCUCCACCAGCAGCCAGUGAUCCAGCCUUCACACAACCAUGUUACAAACAAUGCAAGGCAACUCAAAGGCAUCAGAAAAAAUGCACUAGCUCAUAG